AUGUCGUUCUUUUACUUUGUUAGUCUUUUCUUUUUGCUAAUCAAUAUUUGCCUUUGCCAAUUUGGACCUUUUGGUGGAUUCGAUUCUCGCGGGCCUUAUGGUGGAUAUGGCGGCGGGGGAAACGGUGCUAAUGGUGGAUAUAAUAGCCGAGGAGUUUACGGAGGAGUUGGUAAAUAUGGAUAUGGUUCUCGUAAGUUUAAAGGCCUUCCUGAAGUUAUUAAAAAAAGUUUGAAAUUUUCAGAAUAUGGCUAUGUUCCAGGAAUCAUGAAUGCGGUGUUUGGAAAUGGAAAAUAA